GUCACCACACAGUGUGCAGCUGGAGGUGGUCUGGGCGGGAGGCUGUUGCCACACGCUACCACCACCACUCUUCCUGUCUCCGCUACUCAGUAGUCAUCCUCCAGUGCUGGUCUCCGUGUCCGCCACUUCCUCCCAGUAUCACGUAUAACAGGACGAUGAAAUAUUAUUGGCAGCAGUUGUGACCUUCGUUUAUGGUGGAGAGAACUGAGUGUCAGACACCAGCCAGUAGCAACUUGCAGGGAUCACUCUCGCAACACGGAGAGAAAUAUCGCCCUGACGAAGCGGUGUGUAUCAGGCAGGCAGCCCUUCACCAUGUUGCCUUCCACACGUGUCUCAAUGUUCGUAAUGUGUUGGCUACUGACAGAGGGUUGGUGCAGCCAACCUACACACAGUUCUGCUGGCAACACACUGAUGAGUCGACACGGGGGCAUGACAACCCGCUCUGUACCAUCAACACUGCCGCCGCGCGUCUCUCAGCUCCCGGACUCUCAGGAAGAUGCAGCAGGUGCUCAUGGCGCAUUGAAUCAUUUCGUAGUGGUUGGGGGAAGUGAUGUUGGUGACGAUCAUACAGUAAUAUUCGUGAAAGACUUCGAGAUCAAGACACCCGUUAUACAAGAGGAGCCAAGUCGCUACGAUCAUGAUGCCGAUGAAACACUCACGAACAACACCCAUCAGAGCAUGCUAUUAAUGGGUGUAAGUGAAGGCAGUGUUGUACGGGCAGUUGCGACAAGCCAUAACACAGUGGAUGAUAUUAGGAUGAGAACAAGUGUACUGAACGUCUCUUCAGACCCCCAUCAGAAGCACACUCACAUCAACAGAACUCUAGGAAAUGUACACCCUUUAGAGAAUAUUGCUCUGGCAGGUCACACACAAGACGAUGAAGAACUAGUGAACAGUGAUCACAUGGUCGGAAACUCCAACACUAACGUCUUAAGGCAUAAUUCUGCUCAUGUUAGAUCCCAGAAACCAGUACGAUCUGUACCUGCUGAAAGUUCUGAUAAUGAAAAAGUAAAGAAAUACUGGCGCAUCCCACUACAUGAUGAUGUUCCAGUGUACAGGGAAAGCUUUUUCUUGCAGUCUGAUGGUCAAAAACCAAUGUUGGAAUCGAAGUCACGAAAACAUAAAAAUUCAACCAUUAUUGAAGACAUUUCUGAGGAGACGCCAGUGAGGAAGUGCUACGGUAUCGAUGAAUUCCGUAACUCUAAAACUGGUAGACGUGAAAUGCUGGAGGACAAUAGAGCGUUCACAAUACUGGUGCGUAGAAUACUGGAGAAGAAUAUGAAUACCGACCUGAGGAUUGUUCCUUUAAAAAUGGAACCAUGCCAAGGCCCUGGUGAUAUAACACUUAUAUCAAUAGACUUUACGUCUCACUCCAUCUUACCUUUUGGUUACCUAAGAGACCUUAAAUCAAAAGAAAAUUAUCUUUAUGAUCAAGAUCACUACUGUUUGGAAAUGGAAGCUGCAGGUGCUGAGCAUAUUUCCUCUGCCACUCUUAGCAAAAUUUUCUGUCCCUUACGACCCAUUGAGGUUUCUACAAGGAAGUGUUGCGGCCUCAACGAAUACUUCAACCUUACUGAUAAACACUGUCAUCCAAGAUCGUCCAAUGUGAGUGACUAUAAUGAUUUAGUGCAAGAAUUCACAAGGAAUUACACAAACGUGACGUCCAUCCACUGGAACACCUCGAAGCUCAUUUGCAGGCACGGUGAGCCCCGAAGAGUCAGCCCCGACCAAGCCUUUCUCGACUCCUCGAACCAACUAUGUGAACGUCAGUCUGGGCAGUGUUACCAGAGUUCACUCUACUGUAUUGAAUAUUCCUGGGCAGAAGGUACUCCAGCGAUGGUGGCUGAGGCAUCUAUAUGUCCCGUUGACUCCUUCUACAAAUGCUGUCCCCGCGGCCAUAUACUUACUAAGUCUGGCUGCAUUAGUGCCUCGAGGGAAGAUGUCUCGCCAUAUAUGUUGCAGUUGCUAGAAGAAAUGGAACCUAAAUUUGGUAUUCCUGCUAGAACCAAUGAUUGCCAUUGCGUUGAAAAGCUGAUCAAUGUUAGUGACUCUAAUAUUCACUGGUGGAAGAGCAAGCCUCAAUAUCCCCCAGUAGACAUAAAGGCAAAAAAUUCCUCAGCCAUUCGGUACUGUGUAGAUGAUUACCGCGGCCCGGACAACCACACUGUAACAGUUGCUAUCGUGUGUUACACCGAGGUUGGGAACGUACGCAAGUGUUGUCCCUCUGGCCAGUAUAUGGAGAAUGAUACUUGCGUCACCGACAGUCUCGGACUCUCACUACUGCAUGACCCUUUGCUGAGUGCAGCUAAUUUAACAAAGCUAACUGAUAAUUCUUUCCCUACUUGUGAAACUGAAAACGGCUACCAUCUUUACUACAUGGGCAGGAGGUCCUCCGAGGAGGACUACGGGGAGAUGAUGGACAACCAGGAGCUACAGCUGGUAAAUAUGGACGCGGGCUGCCACCUUAAUAAUAAAAGUAUCAAACGUGAGAAUUACUGCCUUGAAUACUUCGGGAACGCUACAGUCCAACAUCUAAAUGUUGGCAUGAAAGACUAUGUAACAAUGUUAACAGUUUGGAGGUUAACUUACACCAACACCAGCCUCCUGUUUCACCUUGUGUCAGAAACUGUUUACAGUUGA